AUGCAUCUCCCCCUCCUAACCCUAACCCUCUUGACCCCCCUCGUCACGACAUCCGCCCUCUUCCCCUUCGAAACCAUCCAACUCACCCCCUCCGACAUAACCACUUUUUCAGCGGUCAACUUUGGGACCCUCCCACAUACCCAUCCUCUGCCCUCUCAACGUGAACCCCCCUCCUCCGAACAACCCCCCUGCCGCGCCUACCCCUCCACCCCCUCCUGGCCCCCCCCAUCCCAAUGGUCCCUCCUCAACAGCACCCUGCACGGCGCCCUCCUCCAACCGACGCCAGCCGCUGCAGCCUGUUACCCUGGUAACACCCACUACAAUGCCACAACCUGCGACUGGCUGGUGCAUGAAGCGGGAAAGACGCAUUUUUGGUUAGAUGAACCUGUUUCGACGCUGACGGAGUGGCCGCAGGGGGAGACUUGUAGUUUGCGUUCGGAGGAAGGGGAUGGUUCUGGGGAGGUUGGGGGGGAGUGUGAGCAGGGGGGAUUUCCGGUGUAUGUGGUGAAUGCGACGACGGUGAGGGAUGUGCAGGUGGGGGUUAAUUUUGCGAGGAAUUGGAAUCUGAGACUCGUGAUCAAAAACACCGGCCAUGACUUCGGCGGCCGUUCCCUAGGCGCCGGGUCCCUAAGCAUCUGGGUACACCACCUCAAAGACUUCGAGUUUCUCCCCGAGUACCCUGUCGGGGAGUACACCGGCAUGGCGGUGCGUUUGGGAGCGGGCGUCGAGAGCUGGGAGCACUUCAACCACAUGGCGGAGCACAAUAUCUCUGUUCUCGCGCCUGGAGGGGCUACAGUGGGCGCUGUUGGGGGAUGGAUUGCUGUGGCUGGACAUGGCGCGUUGACGAGCAAGUAUGGGCUUGGGGUGGAUCAGGUGCUGGCUGUUAAUGUGGUUACUGCGGAUGGGAGGUUUGUGAGUGUGCAGCCGGAUGAUGAGGAUAAGCGGGAUUUGUGGUGGGCUUUACGGGGUGGCGGGCCAAGCACCUUCGGCAUCAUAACCUCAGUCACCCUCAAGGCCCACCCCCCCCUAACAACCAUAACCACCUCCCUCCAACUCACCCUCAACCCCCUUUCCCCCACCUCCCCAAACCGCACCACCUUCUGGCGCGCCAUCUCCUCCGUCUACCACUUCAUCCCCCACAUCCUCUCCUCCGGCGGCUACAUCUUCAGCUACAUCCGUCCCAACCUCACCGACUCCACAAUCAGUUUCACAAUCUCCCACACCGUCCCCAACAUCUCCGUCCCAGACUACCGUGCUCUCCUCCAACCGCUGUACACAGUGCUUUCAGCCCUUUUACCAGUUCCGGUCUCCCUCCCGGGAACAAUCACGCCCACGCCCUACGCCGGUAACGGUCGUCGCACGGGCGCAGGCGACACCCCCAUCAACACGCGCUACCACUCCCGGCUAUUCCCCUCCUCCCUCUGGGAAACAAACACCACCACCUCCCAGGAAAUAUGGACCGCCCUCUGGGAAACGGAAGGGACCGGAAUUAGAGCAGGUGUAGAAGAAGGCGGGUAUGUCUUCCACGGGAUUGGGUAUUCCCCCACAAGGGAGGUUGCGGGCUGGCCGGGAAGGGAUAGUGCGGUGAAUCCGGCGUGGAGGGGGGCUUGGUUGCAUGGGAGUUUGAUGGAUGUGCAGAGGGAGGGGCUGACGGCUGGGGAAGUGAGGAGCAGGGAGGAACGGGCGAGGGGGUUUUUGGGGGGGUGGAACCUCUCCCACGCCGGCUCCUACAUGAACGAAGGCGAUCCCGGCGAGCCCGACUGGCAGGCCCGUUUCUACGGCCCGCUGUACGACGACCUGCUGAAAGUCAAACGAAAGUGGGACCCCUGGGGCGUCUUUUGGGCCAGCACCACCGUUGGCAGCGAGGACUGGGAGGUGGUUACAGAAGAUGGAUAUCCCAUGGGACAAAACGGGCGGUUGUGCCGGACGGAUGCUGGUUUUCGGUAG